AUGCACAGUGAGAAAAAGUUACCAGAGGAAGACGAUGAAGCAUCCGAUUCCGAUAUCGAUACCGGAAACGAAGCGUCCAGAGUGCUUCGCUCGUCUCCGCUGAGUCGCAAGACCAGACUGUCCUCCUCCUUCACCCAGCUCAAUGGGGACUCCUCAUAUAGACUGGCGCAAGCACCGAAACGGCCCUCUCGCGUGCAGAUGCUGGAGCAUUUACAGACGUCGCUAAGCCAAGAGUCAGUAGGCGCGUACUCCGAUCUCCUCGCACGAACAACUGACGAGCUCACAUCCGAGACGAAGAUCGGUUCCGGACGUUUCCAAUCAACCCAAGCGGGGAUCGUGAUCUGGACGCCGAAAGAGAAGGAAAUAUUUUUCAGCGUCCUCGAUAAAAAAGGCAAGGAUGGUAUCGCGGAUAUCGCCCACGCUAUUGGCACAAAAUCAGAGCUGGAGGUUCAGGAAUAUCUCCGGCUUCUGCAUCGCGGGCUGGAAUGGCAGCAUCUGAAGGAUCGGCAUAGUAGAACAAUCGUGCUAGGAGAUGUGCCUGCGGCGGAGGAAUUAAGCGGGGAAUGCUGCGAUAUGCUGGACGACUAUGCUGAGCUGGUAGCGCUCAAGGAAGAACAGGAUGAAAAUGUUGCCGGACGACAUGAACAUCGCGAUAUGUGGGUUAUCGAUCGAGAAAAAGCUGAGCUGGUAGAAGAAAUUGAGUCGCAAGGUGGGAGUCACCCGGCGGCCGGCUCGAGCGUUUAUCAUACAGCUGGUUUACUCAACGUCCCGAAAUGGAUCCGGCUUUCAGAACGCUUCUUUAUGAAUUUUGGGGGUCAAAGAUUCGAGGACAAUUGGGUGAAUGUAGCCUACGCGGGCGAGUCCCCUGCUAUGACCGCUGAGGCAUUGGCGGAGUUUUAUGCCUUGACUAUUAGUGUGACGCGCCGUUUGAUCCAGUCGGCUCUCUUUUUCGCCAUGUCACGGCUACGCAAUAUGAGGGAAACGGGUAAUAUCAAGGCUAAGGUAGUCAAGUCCCGAGACAUCAGGACUGCGCUGGACGUGUUGAAGAUGAAACGAGAUGGAUACGAUUUUUGGACUGGCCUGGCACGACGAUGCAGCUUAGAAGUUAAAGAUUCUCGACAUCGGAAAGGGUGGAAAUCAGUCCGUCUCAACCAUGAUGAGGUAGAAGAUAUGUUGUCUGGAAAGGUCGCAAUUGACGCAGAGUCGAAUCGGAGCACAUCCAGACACAGAUCAGAAAGCAGACGUUGGGGAGAGACAGACGGCGAACAAACAGACAGUGGUGAAGACGACGAUGAGAGUAGAAGUGAAUUCGAGCCCAGACGUUCCCCAGUCCCGCCGGCACCCCCAUCACCGGAAUUCUCAGACGAGGAACUUCCAUUAGAUAUUGAAGAUGAACACGCCGAACAAGAAGACCAGAAGGCCAGUUGUCUCGGAGAGCUAGAAGUUUGGGAAGCCUUAGACAGACCCGCACCGUCUUUUCUCGUUGCCAUCAAGGAAGAAAGUCAAAACAGCAAAACACGCAAACCAACCGGUGAGCGCAAAUCGAAACAAGAACUUGUCGAUUGGCGUGAAAGUACAUUAUAUCACAGCGAUUGGGAAGAAUACGGACAUGAAGUUUAUGAUAUUUAUGAAGAGAUAUCAGAGAUGCGACGAAAACGGCGACGCAUUGACAGCUCUCGAGACCCGUCACCUUCAGAACAUGGUCAUGGCAAGCCAACUGACGAAGUUUAUGCCGAUCCAACCUCCGGUGAAUAUGUACAACCUACUGAGGACAUAAACCCAAGUGAAGACAGCCAAGAUAUGGAAAUGGACGCACCAGAUCAAGACAAACCUAUCCCGCAAGAUGAAGACUCCCAUUUAAGAGAGUCCGACGCCGAACCUCAAAUAAAACAAGCACCAAACAAGAGAGCAACAGACGACUCAGAACCACCCUCACCCUUAAUCAAACCCGCCUACCGAUCCCCCAUACUCACCCGCCGUAGUAUAAAACCCGAGCCUAAGCAGGAAGACAACUCUUCCAGUUCGGACGACGACCUUCCUCUCGCACUCAGAAGAUACCUGUCCUCAGAACAGGACGAUAACGACGGCAUGCCUCUAUACUCGCAGCCGAUGACUCCAACUGACUGGACCAGUGAUUGA